UUCAGACUACGGAAUAUUCUCACCAUGCCAGUUUCUAUCUGUGGUCAGGCAGAUGCGAGCCUACCUAUCAAGUUGAUUUCCGCAGGGGGUACCGCCACAGGAUUCGUGGGAAGGUUGAAAAGUCGACUCAUCAAUACCUCACUCCUCUACUCUCCUCACAAAAUUCUGAUUCUUGUACCCUAUCCUUUCAUCGCCUUGUUAAUUGUGGUCGAAUCCCUGGGUGGACUCCCCUCGCUUUUACUCCUGAUUAUCCACCUUCUCCGCACCCACUCUCAAACCCAAGGUCGAUUCUUGCCGUCACUAGUACACAUACCAAUGAUUACCGACGCAUCGAGUAAUCUGUACGGUGCACCAUGUACGGAGUAA